UGCUGUAGCGUCCGACCUGCUUUCGCAUUUUUUUGCUUCAGUGCUUCACCUGCAUUUGAAUUGGAUUUUUUUGAUUUUUUAAUAGUUUAGUUUAUUACACUCUUAACUAAACUAGAGUCAGAGAGAACAAGAACCAACUGAGGGAGACCCCUUGGGGUUCCCGGCCUUGGGCCGACCCCUCCAUUCUACAGAGAGAGCUUUUUUUACAAGGCGGCUGAGCGUGAGAAGAAGAGAUGCCCCCGCUUAAGAAACUAUUUGACGUCCUGGAGGACUUCAGGACGAAGACUACCAACAGCGAGGUCCUCAUUUCCUAUUAUGAACAUCACUACAGAGGACAAUUUGGAAGAAUGGUCCACCUAGAACACUUUCUUUUGUGCUAUGGUGCCGACCAUGGAUAUGAAGAAGAGAAUGUCACCAAUUAUCUGGUGAUGAUCACAUUCCUGGAACAUCUGGAUCGUCUGGAGGACACUUAUUAUGUCCUCUACAUCAAUAUGUCUUUGACUCCUAUGACACGUAAAGGUUGGCAGUACGUCGAGUGUCUGCAACUUCAGAUUAAAGUAAGAUCAAACCUUCUCAGUCUUGUACUGAAGAUCUGGGAGAAGGAACAGGAGUUGGAGGAGCGUGCUAGAGCCACUGAAGAACACUGGGCAGCUACUAUAGAAAUUAAAGCAGAAGAGGAGGCUCCCAGCAAAAAGCAGGAAGAAACAGAAGAUCCAGGAGAGGAGCCGGAAGAGACGGAAGCUCCUGGCGAGGAGCCGGAAGAGACGGAAGCUGCUUGCAAGGAGCAGGAAGAACUGGAAGCUCCUAGCAAGGUGUGGGAACAAAUGGAAGCUCCAGCUGAGGAGCAGGAAGAGAUGGAAGCUCCUGGCGAGGAGCAGGAAGAGAAGGAAGCUCCUAACGAGGAGCAGGAACAAUCAGAAGCUCCUGGCGAGGAGCAAGAAAAGACGGAAGCUCCUGGCGAGGAGCAGGAAGAGACAAAAGCUCCUGGCGAGGAGCAGAAAGAGAUGGAGGCUCCUGGCGAGGAGCAGGAAGAGAUGAAAGCUCCUGGAGAGGAGCAGGAAGAGAUGGAAGCUCCUGGUGGGGAGCAGGAAGAAAUGGAAGCUCCUGGCGAGGAGCAGGAAGGAACGGAAGCUCCUGGCGAGGAGCAGGAGGAAAUGGAAGCUCCUGGCAAGGAGCAGGAAGAAAGGAAGGCUCCCAGUAAGGAGGAAGAAGCUGCUGAGGCUCCUGGAGAGGAGCAAGAAGAUCAUGAGGCUCUUGGCAAGGAGCAAGAAGAUGAGAAGGCUCCUGGAGAGAAGACUGAAGGAGCAGAGAAUGAAGAAGAGGAAGCUCUUGGCAUGGAGCAAGAAGAUCAUGAGGCUCCUGGCAAGGAGCAAGAAGAUGAGGUGGCUCCAGGAAUGAAACAAGAAGAUGAGGUGGCUCCUGGCGAGCAGCGAAUAGAAGAGGAGGAACAUUUUGUAGAACAUCAGCAAGAGGAAUCCCUUGCAGGAGACAAACAGGAAGAAGCAGUUCCUCAUGAAGCAGUGCAGCCAACCUUAGGAAAAAGGAUGAAGAAAGCUGCUGUGAAAAGGCUCCGCAGGAUUUGGGGUUCCACCAGAAGACUAUUCUGUUGCCACAGACCCUCAACUGCUCCCUGAAUUCCUUCCUUGUAAUCUCUACUAUGUCCUCUAUGUAUGUGUGUGUUAGAGUAUGAGUGAGGGACGCAUGUGUGGGUGUGUUGGUGGUGGGUGUCUGGGUGGGGAUUGGGAGGGGGGAAAGCAUGUGCAGGUGUGGUGGGUAAGUUGGUGUGCAGUGUGUGGGUGCAUGCAUGUUUUGGGGAAUGGGUUUGUGUGUAGG